UUAUAUGAUAUGUGUGAAUAGAAGUAAACCUUCCAUAACGGAUGAACAGCGUUUGUUACUAGCUUUAAUGGCCGACUACGACAAGGCUACACGUCCUGUGUUUAAUGCCUCGCAUCCAGUGAAUGUUUACUUAGGUAUAACCCUCACACAGAUCUUUGACGUGGACGAACGAAAUCAGGUUUUAACAACCAACAUUUGGUUAGAUCAGUCGUGGAAAGAUGAAAAACUAAUCUGGGAUCCAGCUGAUUACAACAAUUUAUCAGUAUUGCGUAUUCCGUGCAACAAAUUAUGGCUUCCCGAUAUUGUGCUUUAUAACAGUGCUGACGAUUAUACGCAUGGUUACAUGCAAGCGUUGACCAUGGUCCACAGCGACGGAACAGUGUUCUGGCCACCUAUUGUCAAACUUAGGAGUACCUGUGACAUCAAAAUUACAUAUUUCCCAUUCGAUGAUCAGAUCUGUCGAAUGAAACUUGGUUCAUGGGCCUAUGACGGAUUUCAAGUAAAUGUACAUGACAGCGAAAAAGCUAUCGAUCUGGAUAAUUUCGUAUCUAACGGUGAAUGGCUUCUAGUCGAUGUUAAGGUAAAAAAGAAUGUAGUGUACUACGCUUGCUGUGAUGAACCAUUCCCAGAUGUCACUUUCUAUAUCCAUAUGAGACGACGGACUCUAUAUUAUACAUACAACGUCAUCAUUCCGUGCGUUAUGUUAUCUAUUCUGACACUGAUGGGUUUCUGGAUGAGACCAGACAGUGGAGAAAAAGUUACCCUCGGUUUAACUGUGCUACUUGCCUUCUCAGUAUUCAUGUUACUGAUUGCUGAAAAUAUGCCGGCUACUUCUAAUUUUGUUCCCCUUAUAGGUAUCUAUUUAACAGUCAUUAUGGCUCUGACUUCAUUGUCUGUAAUUUUGGCUGUUAUCGUAUCCAAUAUCAAUAACCGAGGAUUCCAUCAGAAAAAGUUACCAUCGUGUGUCCUAACGUUUAUUACUCUCACCUCAAAAUUGGUUUGUUAUAAGUUGGAAUAUAUUCACAAGGUAAAAUAUGAAGAAAUAAAGUCCUCUUCAUUCCAAGUGGUUGUUAAACGAAACAAGAAGAAAUACACUCGGGCACAUCCGAGUGAAUCUGGGUGCAAUCUCAUAGAGUUCGAAAGCAAUGAUCAGACUGCAUAUUCAAGUCGCGCGGUCGAAGACAGCAACUUAACACAUCGAGGCACUCACAGAACUAAAGGCGUGCAGGUAUCUUGCGGAUCAGAGAGUCCGCGUUCAUGGGAAGCCGAAGAGAUACUCGCGAAACUACAGAUUCUGCUCAACAGAGAAGAAGAGAAACUACAUGAACUAGCCUUAAUGAAACAAUGGCAGGAAGUUGCUGAAGUCGUUGACCGCUUACUGUUCUGGAUGUUUGUGCUUUCCACUUUGUUCUGUUCACUUUCCAUACUUGUCUUCAUACCGAUGACCAAGUCAAAACAAGCGAUUGACAUUGAAGAAUGAAAUACAAAUAUAAUAGGAGGAAAACAUUUAAACUUAUGUUUGUAUUCAGAAUCAUAUAUAAUGUAAUGAAAGUGUAUAUAUAUGUACAUAUACGUAUAUAAAUAUAUGUAUAUAUACAUAUAUUCCUAAAUACAUAUAUGCAUGCAUACAUAUAUUCACCUGUAUAUACACACAUAUAAAUACACCUAUCUGUGUGCACAUAUACGUGUGCCUAUGUUCUUGCACGCACUGACAUAUAAACUUAGCUCGGAAGAACAUUCUUCAAAAUAGAUCGGAUUUAAUCGCCCACAAGACAAAUAUGAAAAGAAAUAAAUCUCUUAAUUGAAACUUCAAGCUACAAACUUUGUUUCUAUGUGACAGACAUGAAAAACAAGGAAUACACAUACGUAAUGAAAUCAUGGAAAAUGCAACCACAAAAUCAAUAAUAAUAAUGAUGAUGAUGAUGAUGAUGAUGAUGAUUAUAAUCAUAUUACUAUUACUAUGAAUAAUAUUAUUACCAUUUUUAUUAUCGCCAUUUUGGUAGUAAUAUUGAUGAUUGAUGAUGAUGAUGAUCAACAUUAUUAUGUUCAUGAUAACGAAGUAUAUAAUGAUUAACACUUCACAUGAACUAUAUCUUAUUGCAAAAAAAAAAAAGAAGCGAAAUAUGGUGUGGACAUGUCAAAUUCCAUCAUCGCAUCAAACAAGAUUUGAAACUAUAUGAAUCAAUUGGGGUUUUUUUUUGUAUUUUUUGUUGUUGUCUGUUUCCAUUUUAAUUUUAUCCGUGAAAAUUAAAUUAGUACAGUAUAAUGCAUGUUACCGUGAGAUGCAUACAAAGAUGUAUCUAUGUAUAUAUAACUAUGCAUGUUUUUAUACAUAGAUUUAUUAAUGUAUGUGCAUGAAGAAAUAAUGUGCUAAAUAUAAACAAAUAUUUAUUUGCAUUG